UGGUAUAUUUGACGGGUGCCUUUUGCCAUAUAUUUGAUGGUAUUGUUGUUAAGAUUCAUAACAUGAAUGGGGGAUUCCGAUUCCUAGAUCGUCUAAUGAAGUUGCUAAUGUUUUAGCCAAGUGGCCUUUUAUGUUUCUUUGAACUGUAAACUCUCAGCAGUGUGGUCUGCGGUGAACUCAUCGAUGCGGUUGUUAUUUAUUCAAAUCAGAGGGUAUACAACAAACGUUGCAAGUUCCUUUAACUCUCUUAUUUCACGCUAUGCCCGUCUCGGCCAAAUUCAUAAUGCCAGAAAGGUGUUUGAUGAAAUGCCUCAGAGAAAUAUUGUGUCUUGGAACUCCAUUGUUGCUGCUUACUUCCAAAACAAUCAACCCGGAGAUGCCCGUAAGUUGUUUGAUAAAAUGCCUGAGAGGAAUCUCAUUUCUUGGAAUGCAUUGGUUUCCGGCUAUAUCAAGAAUGGAAUGCUGAGUGAAGCUAGACAAGUGUUUGAUUCGAUGCCUGAGCGUAAUGUGGUUUCGUGGACAUCUAUGGUUAGAGGGUAUGUGCAAGAGGGUAUGAUUUUGGAGGCAGAGUCACUGUUUUGGCAAAUGCCUGAGAAGAAUGUUGUGUCAUGGACAGUUAUGUUGGGUGGCUUGAUACAAGCUAGGCGUAUUGAUGAUGCUCAUCGCCUUUUUAAUGAGAUGCCGGAGAAAGAUAUGGUGGCAAGGACAAACAUGAUUGGUGGGUAUUGCCAGGAAGGUCGUUUGAAUGAGGCUAGGAUGAUUUUUGAUGAUAUGCCAUGUAGGAAUGUCGUUUCUUGGACGACAAUGAUAUCCGGGUAUGUGCAGAAUCAACGGGUGGAUGUGGCUAGAAAGCUGUUUGAAGUGAUGCCAGAGAAAAAUGAGGUAUCGUGGACGGCAAUGUUGAUGGGUUACACUCAGUGUGGACGAAUUCAAGAGGCUUCAGAACUUUUUGAGGUGAUGCCAAUCAAGUCAGUUAUUGCUUGCAAUGCAAUGAUACUUGCUUUUGGCCAAAGUGGAGAGGUUGAUAAAUCAAGAAGAAUUUUUGAUCAGAUGAUAGAGAAAAAUGAAGUGACAUGGAAUGGCAUGAUUAAAGUUUAUGAAAGGAAUGGUCUUGAAUUGCAAGCACUUGAUUUAUUUGCUUCGAUGCAGAGACACAGAGUUAAGUUGAAUUUCCCUUCACUAAUCAGUGUCCUAUCUGUUUGUGCUAGCCUUGCAAGUCUUGAUCAUGGUAGACAAGUUCACUGUCAGUUGCUAAGAUCCCACUUUGAUAAUGAUGUAUAUGUUGCCUCGGUCUUGAUCACAAUGUAUGUCAAAUGUGGCAAUCUUGAGAAAGCUAAACUGGUUUUUGACAGAUUUGGUGAAAAGGAUGUUGUUAUGUGGAACUCUAUUAUUACAGGUUAUGCACAACAUGGUUUAGGAGAGGAAGCUUUACAAAUUUUUCAUGAGAUGUGCUCUUUGGGCUUAGAGCCUAAUGAUAUUACAUUCAUUGGAGUUCUUUCGGCAUGUAGCUACACCGGAAAGGUUGAGGAAGGUCUUGAAAUUUUUGAGACAAUGAAAUGCAAAUACCUUGUAGAGCCAAGAACAGAACACUAUGCUUGCAUGGUUGAUCUGCUUGGUCGUGCAGGGCAGGUGAACGAGGCGAUGAAUUUAAUUAAAAAAAUGCCAGUGGAAGCUGAUGCUAUUGUUUGGGGUUCCUUAUUAGGUGCAUGCAAAACUCACAUGAAGAUGGACUUAGCAGAAGUUGCAGCAAAGAAACUUCAACAGCUUGAGCCUAGGAGUUCUGGGCCUUACAUUUUAUUAUCACAUAUGUAUGCCACCAAGGGUCGAUGGGGUGAUGUUGAAGAGCUAAGGAGUGACAUGAGAGCAAGAAGUGUAAGCAAAUCACCUGGCUGUAGCUGGAUUGAAGUGGACAAAAAUGUUCACAUGUUUACUGGGGGAGAUAGCAUGGGACAUCCAGAGCAUUUAAUCAUCCUUAGAAUGUUGGAUAGACUAGGUGUAUUACUGAGGGAAGCCGGGUACUGUCCAGAUGGUACCUUUGUGAUGCACGACGUGGAUGAAGAAGAGAAAGUUCAUAGCCUUCGAUAUCACAGUGAGAAGCUGGCAGUGGCAUAUGGACUGCUGAAGGUGCCAGAAACAAUGCCUAUUCGGGUGAUGAAGAAUCUUAGGGUCUGUGGCGAUUGCCAUUCUGCGAUUAAAUUAAUAGCCAAAGUUACAGGGAGAGAAAUUAUUUUAAGGGAUGCUAAUAGAUUUCAUCAUUUCAAGGAUGGACUGUGUUCCUGCAAAGAUUAUUGGUGAUAGCAAGACAUUUAUGGUAGUCUGAUUUCAGUUUAGCAAUGAGCAUACCCAAGCUAUCGGCCUAUUGCUUAAUUUGUUGCACAGAAACUUGACAGAACUGAGUUAAUGCAUUCUCAAGAAUGUCUGAUGCUUUAGAUGGCCCCAUGUAUCCUAUACUUUCCCAUCUCUUUCAGGUGAGGACCACAUUUCCAUAAUACUUGAUAACACUGGAGCAACCAAUCAAUCUCAUGCUCUGUCAUGUAAAAAUUGUUAAGCUUCUGUAUCGUUACAGUGAGAAUUUUUACACUGUUGACUCCAUACGAUGAGGCACAUAAACUUUGAAUUGCACUACUAAGUUAUUAACCAACCGAAUUCGUUCAAAUUUCGCUCUUACAACUCCUAUUUUUGAUUGCACAUAGAGGUGAUAAUGUAAUUUAUUGAGAAGUCCAGCUGGUUACACAAACUUCAUGUUUCUUUCAUAAUCCAUUUACCCAACCCAAGUGUUCAAAAUAGAAGGCCUUUGUUGGGUUUGAAACUUACUCAAAAAGAGGUGGGGAAGACCAUCAUGUGUUGGAAGUUUGAUGUAUUGUAUGGUGUGUAUGAAAUCUAAUUUGGCUUAUGGAAUAAGCAUGGUAAGUAAGUUCAUCUUAGAUCGAGGGAAUGAACACUGGUCUAUUGUUAAGUGGAUCUUGGGGUACCAUAAAGGUACAAUGGUCUUGGGACUAGUGUACUACAACAACAAAAAUAUUGAGACAGAAGUCACAAGGUUUGUGGACUCGAAUUAUGCUAGGAGCAGUGACACUAGGAGGUCCAUAGCAGGUUAUGCUGGAAGUCAAAUCUUCAAAAGGUGGUUGCACUAUCCUCCACAGAAGUUGAAUAUAUGGCAGCCACUGAGACAAUAAAAGAAACAAUCUGGCUAAGGGAUUAUACAACUGAAUUCGGAUUCAAUUCUGAAGACAUUUUAGUACAUUGUGAUAACCAAAUUGUACUACACUUGAUGAAAAACCGAGACUCAUAGUAUAUAGACAUCAAGGGGAGGUUCAAGUUAAGAAGAUUGAGACAAAAGAAAAUAUAGCAAAUAUGCUCCCUAGGUAUAAACCUCUAGCCAAGUUUAGACUAAGUCUAAACUUCCUAAGCAUACUUAGUUGUUGCUGAGAUUACUAAGACCAAGAACAGUCAUUACUCAACAGGGCAAAAGUACUUGACAUAUGACCACGGUGGAUGGUUGUUGUUAUGGACACAUGUUAAGACAACUAACUACCUAGAUGGAACUAACUUACUGUUAGUUAUGACAGUUAGUACUCGAGUUGA